UGGCUAAUACUACAGUACUGUGUGGGUAUCAUAGGUUAAUCUUGCUUUCCAACACACUAGCUCCUUAAGUCACCCCUGCACUUAAGAUGAAGAAUUCAUCGUUUAGUAAGGCUUUAGACUCUUCAUUUCUCUACUUUAUAUCCCAGUUCUUCUAAAUCUCCUACUAUGUUUUUACAGGGACAGAUUCCGGAAUUUACUCUUCAGUCUUUAAUUUUGCCUGGUAUUCAAAUAAGUGGUUAGAAAGUUGGCCUGCUGCCUUGAUGGCAAGUAAAAAUAUUUUCAAUUAAUUUUAAAUUUUACUUCUAGAUGCUGCUUGACACUCAUGGGUGUAAGCAAGUUAGAUAUCCUAUACCGGAGACUUCUCCUCACCAAACUUUUCAUCAGAGGAUGGGGAAGGCCAGAAGAUCUCAAGAGACUCUUUGAAUUCAGAAAGAUGAUUGGAAAUCGAGAAAGGUGCCAGAACCUGGUUUCAAGUGACUAUCCGGUACACAUCGAUAAGGUUGAAGAACAGUCAGAUUGUAAGAUCCUAGAUGGACACUUUGUUUCUCCCAUGGCCCACUAUGUGCCUGGUAUCAUGCCAAUUGAGUCUGUUAUUGCAAGGUUCCAGUUUAUCGUGCCUAAAGAAUGGAACAGCAGAUACAGACCUGUGUGCAUUCAUCUGGCUGGAACAGGAGACCAUCAUUAUUGGAGGCGCAGAACGCUCAUGGCUCGUCCCAUGAUUAAGGAGGCCAGAAUGGCUUCUUUGUUGCUAGAAAACCCUUAUUAUGGCUGCAGGAAGCCCAAGGACCAAGUAAGAUCCAGCUUAAAAAAUGUGUCUGACCUAUUUGUGAUGGGAGGCGCUCUUAUUCUUGAGUCUGCAGCUCUCUUGCACUGGCUGGAGAGGGAAGGUUAUGGACCUCUUGGGAUGACUGGGAUAUCCAUGGGAGGACAUAUGGCCUCCUUAGCAGUGUCCAACUGGCCCAAGCCCAUGCCGUUGAUUCCAUGCCUGUCUUGGUCCACAGCGUCUGGGGUCUUCACCACGGGUGUAUUGAGUAAAUCAAUUAAUUGGCGGGAGCUGGAAAAGCAGUAUUAUACACAGACAGUUUAUGAAGAAGAAAUUAUUCAUAUGCUCGAAUACUGUGGGACAGAUUCUUUCAAAAUGGGACACGAGUUCAUGAAACACUUCCCUAGCAAUGAAGACAAGCUGACUAACCUGAAUCUGGUUUCCAGAACUUUAAACUUAGAUAUGAGAGACCAAGUUAUGUCCCCAAAGCAUGCUGAGUGCCAUCAUUCUGGUAAAGCAUCUAUCAGUGCUACUUCAAAAGGACAGCUGUUGCAAGAUACAGCUAAGGUGGAACGCUUGAAUCAAACACUCACAACUAACAAAAGUUGUUUUGCAAGUUACAGCCCUCAGUCAUUACACUUGCUCAGUAGAGAACAAAGAAGGAGCAACCUUCAAAAAGAAUCUUUAAUAUUCAUGAAAGGAGUCAUGGAUGAAUGCACUCACGUAGCAAACUUCUCAGUUCCAGUUGACCCAAGCCUCAUUAUAGUGGUACAAGCCAAAGAGGAUGCCUAUAUUCCACGAACAGGAGUUCGAAGCUUACAAGAAAUUUGGCCUGGUUGUGAAAUCCGGUAUCUAGAAGGGGGUCAUAUCAGUGCUUAUCUCUUUAAACAAGGACUUUUCAGGUAAGAUGAUUUCUCUAGCCAGGGUUUUAUUUGUUGUUUGAUAGGGGGUAUUUUUUGCCUUAAGAAAUAUAUGGAGGCCAAUAAGGAAGUAAGUGGACUAGAACAUAAAACAAAAGUACAUAAUACUUUAUUUCUUACAUUGAGGUAUUUUUUUUUCCUGUAUGUCCUCUAGAGAAUGAAGGCUGUAGGAUAUCAGAUGCACAUUUUAUCCCAAAGUUUUAACCAGAGAUACUUUUAGAAAUAUAAUAGUUAUCUGUCCUUGCCCAUAUUUGUCCAUGACUAAUUCUUUACAUUUCAUUUUAGACAAGCCAUCUACGAUGCCUUUGAACGUUUCCUUCAUAAAUAUGCUAACUAAUUGGAUCGAUGUAUAUGGUAUAACAUCCUAUCUCCUGCUUUAAAAGAGUUCACCCUAUGAUGAUGUGAAAAACAAGCAGACAGCACUACAUACCUGAUUGUUGCCAAGUGAGUCUGUAUGGCCAGUGCUGCAGGCAUUUACAACUGUAGGCACAUUUCAGUAAUGUGAAAGCAGUACUUGAAUCAUACAAUCCUGAAGUAUUUGUAACUCUUAAAAACCUCAUAUACCUUAUAUAACAUCUGUUGUUACUAUUUAUGAGGACAUUUUAAUUGUGAAUAAUUUAUUGAUUCAGGAUAAAUAGAACUCUACUGAUUUUUAAGAGAAUUGUUGAAACUAAGAUUGUAACAUCACACGUACUGUAUACCGUUAUAUGGCAGUUUUGCUAUUAACUUGAUUUUAAAAAUCCAUGUCUAUCCUUUUUGUGUGUGUAGUGGGUUUAUAAUCUGGUUUUCAACUUUAAGAUAUUAAACCAGUGUUACCUUUGAAUUAUGAGCAUCCUGAGUGCUAAGCUGUACCCUGUGUGGUAGUGCACUUGUAAUCCCUGCACUUGAGAAGUGGAGACCGGCGAGUCUGGAGUCUAGGCAUUUUCUUUUUCAGAGCAAAUUGAGGCCAGCCUGAGCUCCAUGAGACCCUGUCUCAGAAAACAUGCCUUGCAUGGUAGCUCAUGUCUUUAAUCCUAGCGGCAGGAAGCAGAGACAAGCAGAUCUCUUAGAUGAGUGUCCAGGCUGGGACCGUGCUUGCCCAGCCACUAGACUCGGAGGCCAGUUCCCAGCACUGCCAACAAAAAGAAAACCUGGAGGUGUUUGAGAAGUGGGGGUUAUACAUGUUUUCUCUACUUAAGAGAGAUUUAUGUUGAAAAAUGGAAAUAAUAAAAGAACUUUGCACUA